AUGUCUACUACAUUCGACGAGGACGAGGACAUAGAGACGCUUUACGCCGACAAGGCAGAGUGGGCGGACGUCGUUCCUGUACAGCAAUACGAGGGUGUUGCCCCUCUCGCACCCAUCUUCUAUUCACCAGCAUACAAAGAUGCUACAGAUUACUUCCGGGGCGUUGUCAAGACCGGCGAGAAGAGCGCCAGGGUGCUCGAGCUCACCGAGCACAUCAUCCGGAUGAAUCCCGCCCACUACUCUGCCUGGCAGUACCGCUACCACACACUAAUCGCGCUGGGCUCCCCGCUCGAGGACGAGCUGAGGCUGAUGGACAAGUACGCGAUCGACUUCCUGAAGACAUACCAGGUGUGGCACCACCGGCGGCUGCUCCUCACUGCGCUUCGCUCGACCGACGCGGCGGCGGCGGAGCUCAACUUCAUUGCGCGCGCACUUGGUGCGGAUGCGAAGAACUACCACACGUGGAGCUACCGCCAAUGGGUACUCGCGCACUUCAACAACGAGGCGCGCCUGUGGGCGGGCGAGCGCGCGUGGGUCGAGGAGCUGCUGGACAAGGACGUGCGCAACAACUCCGCGUGGCACCACCGCUUCUUCGUCGUGUGGCUCGCCGGCGUGCGAGCUGGGGACGAGGACCGCGAGGAGGUGCUCAAGCGCGAGCUCGCGUUUGCGAAGGAGAAGAUUGCGCUGGCGCCGAAUAACCUGUCUGCGUGGAACUAUUUCCGUGGGGUGCUCGAGCACACGCAUACGCCCUUCGCCCUGCUGACGGCGUUCGUGGAGCCGUACACUGCCGCAGAGCCUCCUACGACGACCAAGGAGCAGAGCGUCCUGGACUUGGAGAACCCCCUGCCGUCGGAAGGCGCGGACCUGCCUAGCGUGUGUGCGCUCGAGUUUCUUGCGGACAUACAUGAGCAGGCUGGCGGAGACCAGACUGCGAAGGCUGUCGAGAUCUGGAAGACGCUGGCGAACAAACAUGAUACAAUGCGCAAGAAAUAUUGGGAGUACCGCAUCAGAGAGGCUUUGCAGGCUAAGGCUUCCUAG